AUGAACCUUAAGGCAACCAGCCGCCUUGGAUGCACACUCACACAAGGAUCUCCUGCCUCCGGGACACGCUAUGCUAGUCAUUCACGUCCCAUAGAACGCACGUCAUGUUGGAUGGAGCUCGCAUGUUUUGGCGGCUUUCCAAAGGUUCCGUCUCUCUCAGGCUCGAUGGUGCAGCAGCGCCAGGAUCUUUUGGCGUCUACUAAAGGCGCCGGUGAACCUGAAAUCAUCCUUCGUAUUGAGUUUGAAUUAUUUGAUGAUGAAUCACCCAAAGCAUGUGCGAAUUUCCGUCAUUUAUGUGCGGGGCAGUCCACCAGUCGAAAAGGGCAGACGUACUGUUACCAAGGUCUCACGCCAUGUUAUCGUGGGACGUACUUUCAUAAAAUUAUACCCGCGUUUUGCGUUCAGGGUGGGGACUUGACAAUGCGUGUUAACAAAGGUGCGAAUCACUUCUCCAGUUUUGGUUGGGGUUGGUUUAGUGACGAAAACAAACGACGGCGCCUGAAUGAGGUGGGUCUUCUUCUUAUGGCCAACAAUGGACCCAACAGCAACGGCUCGCAGUUCUUCAUCACCACCUCUGAUUCGGAAGAAAAGGCACUCAAUGGCCGGCAUGUUUGCUUUGGUCGGGUGGUGCGUGGCCUCGAUGAGUUCUUGAGGGAAGUGGCACCGUACGGUGAGAUCAACGGCAACCCCUCGCGAUUUGUAGUUGUCGUUGACUGCGGCGUGGGCCCACUGCCGGAGACACUGGGCAUCACCACCAGCAACAGCUGGGCAGAGGAGCAAAAAAGACACAAGGCCGAGGGCGAUAAUGCCAAUGAAGGAGUGGGGUUUGAAGAUGGUGCGGCGACAGUUGCAGGUGCUGCAAACGCUGCCGCAUCGGUAGAAGAAGAAGAAGAAAAAGGAAAAGAAAAGGAACUUGAAGAGACUACAACCGCCAUGGAAGCCAACAAGCAACCACCGGCUAUGAAUGGCACAAGUUAA